AUGCCAGUAGCUGAUUACAUGCGUACAGUGGUGUCGUCGCCUUCUGUUGGUUACUAUUCGAGCUAUUCGAAAGAUGGUCGUGGUUCGGUGAUAUUCGGUGAAAAGGGUGAUUUCAUAACAGCACCUGAGUUGACUCAAAUGUUUGGCGAAAUAAUUGGUGUUUGGUGCUAUUAUGAAUUGGCUAAUACGGGUUAG